CAGUUCGUCAUUUGUUAUACCCUCUUCGCUUGAUUUUAGUGUCGACCGUCGGAUCCAUCAUGUCUCAACAAAAGUCCGCCAUCAUCUCCGUCUAUGACAAGACUGGUCUGCUUGACCUGGCCAAGGGUCUGGUCAAGCAGGAAGUCCGUCUUCUCGCGUCUGGCGGUACCGCUAAGAUGAUCCGUGAGGCUGGAUUCCCUGUCGAGGAUGUCUCCGCCAUCACUAAAGCCCCCGAGAUGCUCGGUGGCCGUGUCAAGACCCUCCACCCCGCCGUGCACGGUGGUAUCCUCGCCCGUGAUAUCGAGUCCGACGAGAAGGAUCUCGCCGAGCAGAAGAUCUCCAAGGUCGACUACGUCGUCUGCAACCUUUACCCCUUCAAGGAGACCGUCGCCAAGGUCAACGUCACCAUCGAUGAGGCCGUGGAGGAGAUUGAUAUUGGCGGUGUGACUCUGCUCCGCGCUGCGGCCAAGAACCACAAGCGUGUGACCAUUCUGUCAGACCCCCGCGACUACUCCGAUUUCCUCAAGGAGCUCGAGGACGGCGAAAUCACCGAGGCUAGCCGCAAACAGUACGCCCUCAAGGCGUUCGAGCAGACUGCCGACUACGACUCCGCUAUCUCAGGCUUUUUCCGCAAGGAGUAUGCUGGUAACGGUCUGCAGCAGCUCUCGCUGCGCUACGGCACCAACCCCCACCAGAAGCCCGCCUCUGCCUACAUGGUUCAGGGCCAGCUGCCUUUCAAGGUCCUCAACGGAUCUCCUGGCUACGUUAACCUGCUCGAUGCCCUGAACGCCUGGCCCCUGGUUAAGGAGCUCAAGCAGGCUCUUGGCUUCCCCGCCGCCGCCAGCUUCAAGCACGUUUCCCCCGCUGGUGCCGCUAUCGGUGUGCCCCUGAACGAGAAGGAGCGCAAGGUGUACAUGGUGGACGAUAUCAAGGAUAUCGAGACCUCCGGUCUGGCUCAGGCUUACGCUCGUGCCCGUGGUGCCGACCGCAUGUCCAGCUUCGGUGACAUUCUGGCCCUCAGUGACAUCGUCGAUGUCCCCACAGCCAAGAUCAUCUCGCGUGAGGUGUCCGACGGUGUCAUCGCCGCCGGCUACGAGCCCGAGGCUCUGGCCAUCCUCUCCAAGAAGAAGGGCGGCAAGUACCUCGUCCUCCAGAUGGAUGAGGACUACACCCCGGCACCCGAGGAGACCCGCACUCUCACCGCAACGACGUUGUCAUCUCCCCCAGCAAGACCUUCAACACCGUCAUCACCCCCAAGAGCACUACCUCUCCUCCCCGAGGCUGCUCUCCGUGACUUGACCGUCGCCACCAUUGCCCUCAAGUACACCCAGUCCAACUCUGUCUGUUACGCCCUGAACGGCCAAAUCAUCGGUCUGGGCGCCGGUCAGCAGAGCCGUAUCCACUGCACCCGUCUUGCCGGCGACAAGGCCGACAACUGGUGGAUGCGCUUCCACGAGCGUGUCAUCGGCAUCAAGUGGAAGCAGGGCACCAAGCGUGCUGACAAGUCCAACGCCAUCGACCUGCUCUGCUCGGGCCAGACCCCCCGCACCGACGCCGAGACCGUCGAGUACGAGCGUGUCUUCGAGGAGGUCCCCGCUCCCUUCACCCAGGAGGAGCGUGAGGCUUGGCUCCAGAAGCUCGGCGAGGUUGCUGUCUCGUCCGAUGCCUUCUUCCCCUUCAUCGACAACGUCUUCCGUGCCGCCCGCUCAGGCGUCAAGUACAUUGCCGCCCCCACUGGCAGCCAGAACGACACCCCCGUCUUCGAGACUGCCGAGAAGCUGGGCAUCACCUUCGUCGAGCAGGGCGUCCGUCUCUUCCACCACUAGAUUGUUCUACUGGUUGUCGUCUUUCGGUCUUUUUCCCUCUAUUCCCCUUUCCCUUUUCCUUUCGUAAAAAAAAGGAUGCCAUCUAUGUGGUUUCCACUGAUGGAUAUUCGAUAUGAUGAUGAUGUCAGGUUUUUCCUUUUGAUUUAGAUAAAUUUAUACACAUAUUUUGAGUA